GGAAACUAUCGAAACGACUCUCUCGUGUGCUUUUCAUUUUCGUAUUAUAUUCGCAGUCAAUAUGAGAUAUUGAAUAUCUACCAAGAAUAUUUUCACAAUGGACACAAUCUUUUACUGUGGUCAUUAAGUGGUGAUCAAGGAACUAAGUGGAAAAAAGGCCAAGUCACAGUUAAUUUUACAAUGGGUCUAUCUAGGUUAAUCGUUGAAGCUGUCGUGCGUAAAUACACUAGAAACUUUCUAGCUCUCGACAAUCUUGCUUUUGCUUCAGGAAGCUGCGACACAAUACCAAAGGUGGCCAUUCCUGGCAAUGCUUUUGAUUGUUCAAUUGGUUCAUUCUUUUCCUUUAAAAGUAAGAAAUGUGAAAAAUGUCCCAUCUAUACAUAUCAACCAUAUCCAAAACAAACUCGUUGUCUUCCCUGUAAUGAGAGUAAAGGUACCAUCAAUGUUGGUGCAGUGAGUGAACGAGAAUGUAUAAAAGUCAAAAGAUGUGAUUUUCAAAAGGGACUGGGAACUAGUUUAUGUCCAUGGCACAACGUAAAAGGUGACGAUGACUUUGACUGGAAACUUCGUACAUCAUACUCAUCAUUUUAUGAACCACCACGCUAUGAUUCUACAGGCUUCAGUAUUGGACGAUAUCUUCGUUUGGGAUCAGAUAUUUCAGGCAAAGCUUGGUUGGUUGGAAACUAUCGCAACGACUCUCUCGUGUGUUUUUCAUUUUCGUAUUACAUGCAUCACAGUUAUUUUGGAACAUUAAAUAUUUACCAAGAAUAUUUUUACAAUGGAUACAAUCUUUUACUGUGGUCAUUAAGUAGUGAUCAAGGAACUAAUUGGAAAAAAGGCCAAGUCACAGUUAAUUUUACAAUGGGUCUAUCUAGGUUAAUCGUUGAAGCUGUCGUGAGUGGAUACACAAUAGAAUUUAUAGCUCUCAAAAAUCUUGCUUUUGCUCCAAGAAGCUGUGACACAAUACCAAAGGUGGCCAUUCCUAAGAAUUCUUUUGGUAAUUAUUUGUUUUCUUGGAAUGUGAAGUGUUUUGCUUGA